UUUCAGUCUUUGCAAGCUUAAUAGUGUAAAUAGCUACACAUAUGAGUCCUUGGAAAACUUCUAAUUUGAAUUUAGUUUUAUAUAGUCUUUAAAUUAGUAAGUAUGGGUACAGCUGCGCCUCUGCAGCAAAAGAGGAGGACGGAUUUUAUACCUUACUUUCUAGGCUUUGUCAUUUUUUUGUAUGCCACAGUUCAUUUUGUGUCGUUUACAGCAAACACGACUCAGGAAACCCACCUUGUAAGGGUGCGCAGGGCUCUGGAGAAUGAAUCAGAUUGCAUCUCACCACAAGCCUCUGAGUUUCCUGAAGGCUUCUUCACGGUGCAGGAGAGGAAGGACGGGGGGCUCGUCAUUUACUUCAUGAUUAUUUUCUACAUGCUUUUGGCUGUUGCAAUAGUCUGCGAUGACUACUUCCUGCCAUCCCUAGAAGUAAUAAGUGAACGUCUGGGACUGACUCAGGAUGUGGCAGGAGCCACGUUCAUGGCAGCAGGGAGCUCUGCACCCGAACUAGUCACGGCAUUCCUGGGUGUGUUUGUGACAAAGGGGGACAUCGGGAUCAGCACCAUCGUGGGAUCAGCCGUCUACAACCUACUUGGAAUAUGCGCCGCUUGUGGGCUCUUGGCGCCUUUGGCGGGGCGGCUCACCUGUUGGCCUCUGUUCAGGGACUGCCUGGCAUAUGGAAUCAGCGUUGCUGCUGUUAUAGGCAUCAUUUCUGAUAACAGAGUGUACUGGUACGAGGCGGCCUGUCUUCUGCUGGUCUACAGCGUCUACAUCGUUGUUCUGUGCUUUGACCUCCGCAUCAGUGAUUUCAUCCUGAGGAAGCUGAGCCCUUGUUGCAGCUGUCUGGGUUCAGGCUCUAGUAGUACAAAACAAGAGAGACAGCUUCUGAUGGGCUGGAACGACGACACCAGUUUGCGGGUGCGUGGUCCCUCCAGAACAGACAGCGGGAUCUUCCAAGACGACUCGGGGUACUCUCACCUGUCCCUCAGCCUUCACGGCCUCCACGACACUCCCGAAGCAGAGCAUAAAAGCGUGUUUUCCGUGCCGGAGAGCGACCUCAAAAGGAUCAUCUGGGUUCUGUCUUUGCCUGUCAUCGCUUUGCUUUUUGUGACCAUCCCCGACUGCAGGAGAAGGUUCUGGAAGCAGUGGUUCAUGAUAACCUUCCUCAUGUCAGCUGUCUGGAUCUCUGCGUUCACCUACAUACUCGUCUGGAUGGUCACUGUUGUUGGCGAGACCCUCAACAUUCCUGAUACAGUUAUGGGACUCACUUUGCUUGCUGCUGGAACCAGUAUACCGGACACAGUCGCCAGUGUGAUGGUGGCCAGAGAAGGAAAAGCUGACAUGGCCAUGUCCAACAUCGUGGGCUCUAACGUUUUUGACAUGCUGUGCCUGGGUUUGCCGUGGUUCAUCAAGACUGCUUUUGUUGACACCAAGAACCCCGUUGAGGUCAACAGCUCUGGACUGAUCUUCGUUUCUGCCACACUCCUCCUUUCAAUUGUUUUCCUUUUUGUAGCCGUCCACAUCAAUCGAUGGAGGCUGGACUGGAAGUUGGGAAUUGUUUCUCUCGUCUUCUAUAUCCUCUUCGCCACUCUAUCCAUCCUGUAUGAGUUGGGGAUUAUUGGGAAUAAUCCAAUAAGAUUGUGCAGCGACUGAAAUCUGAGGUUCUCAGGACUGAAGCCAUAUUUUUGAGACCAAACACACAGCAACAUUUCUAAGCUCUUAAAACCUUCAAAUGUCAAGACAAGGGGGCCUGGCCCCAGUUCCACAAAUACUACACCAGUGGAUAAGUGCUGGUGAAAAAGCAUUUCUUCAGUGGGGCUUUGUCAGGGUAUUUGUACUCAUUUCCUCACUACUUUUAGAAUUCAGGAUGCAGCCUGGUUUCUGCUGGUUGACUUUGUCCACAUUUCACAAGUGGUUCUUCUCUUGUAUUAUUUUGUGACUGUGAAAGGAUGUUAAAGUUCUAAAUUUUACCAAAGGUGGACAUGUGCCAAAGAUCCGUUUCUUGUGUGGAUUUGCCAAGAUCCAGUUUUGACAGUUAUCUCACAGUUGAGGCUCUUCAUCAAAUUCUGAAAUAUUGCUGUUCUUAAACAAACCAAACAAUUUGUAUUGUCCCCCUUUUCAUAGUUAAUUAGGUGUACUUACACACAAAAAUAAAAGUUUUUCCGAGAAGGGAUUAACAUAGGAAUAAGCCUUAAAAAAAUUAUACUUUCCACUCUUCUUUCAGCAAAAACAACUAGGCAUUUAUCAGUAACGUUUACGGCCAACUGAAACUCUUACAUGGACUUCAGA